GCAGUAUAUUGGAAGCUGUAUAGAUCAAGUGGAUAUAAGAUGUGACUAUUUAAUAAUUUAAUAAUAAUAACACUUAUGUUCCAUUCCGAUGUUCCAAUAAUGUAGAAUAAGUAGUAAGGACUAUGUGAAGAUCAGAAUAGGGUAACACUUGAAUUGAGAGAGACAAUUGGAAGCAGACGUGAGAAAGCUAAGCUGAACAGAAAUUAAAUAAAAUAAAAACUCAAGAAUUGAAAUAAAUAAUAUAAACCUGCGUCAACAACUUCAGAAGUGGGAUAGUCCCAUUAAUACAUUCGCCUACAUAGCCAUACCUGAGAGCACACAUUUUUUUCCGCUUUUAUAAUUACGACGCCAUUCUGAAAUGGACAAGACAUUGGAAGAAGAAGAAGCACUGCUUGACGCCGCCAUAAGGGUUGCUGAGAAGAAGAAAAUAUUGGCCGGAUUGAUGAAAAACGUCGACAAAACGACAGAUGACCUCCAAAUGGUGAUGCACCUCGUGAGCCCGUUUUCUGCCACUGAAAAUGAGGAAGCCCUUAAGUGGAUUUUGAAUUUUGAGAGAGUCUGCAGAGAUAUCAACACAUGUACAAAUUUUCAACUGCGCUGCGUACGAAUGUUGAUGAAAUCGGGUACAGAUGCCGACUUGUUUGUGAGUGUUGAUCGAUCGAACACUUACGACGAAUUUAAGAUAAAUUUCAUAAAAACAUUCGGUCGUGGAAGCUCAACUGCUGAUAUUGUAUUGCUACUUAAGGAAACCAUGUUCAACCCCGCGAAGAACACCGUUAUGGGAUACAUACUUCUGAUGGAGGAAAUUGCUAUGCGUGCAAAUAUUGACGAAAAAUUGACAGUGCAGUUCGUCAUUGAUGGUUUUCGCGAUCGUUCAGCCAAUAUCGCUAUAUUGUACACAGCAACAACAAUCGCACAAUUGAAGGAAUUGGCUUGGAAGUAUGGCAAUCUAAGGAAGAAGUCACACAAUUUUCCUCAGCGCAUGGAAAAUACUGGAGGAGAUCGGAAAACAGCCCGGUGCUACAAUUGCUCUGCUUAUGGGCACUACGCUUCGUCGUGCACUGCGCCGAAACGCGAGAAGGGAUCUUGUUUCCGUUGUGGAUCCCUCCAACAUAUGCUAAAGGAUUGUCAGCAGAAGCCAGCAAGUGAUCCGAGAGUGGUGGGAGCAGCCAACAACCAGCCGAUACGAGAUGACGAAGAGGAGCCUAAUAUGUUUAUUCCGAUUUUUAACCAGCGCCAUUAAUUUAAUUCAGCACUCUGCGAUUCCUUAUAAAAACUUUAGCGAUAUACUGGUCCCGACGAAUUACUAUGGAGUUAAUGGAUUUAAAAUUAAAACAUUCGGAAAAAU